CUACUUAACCCGAUGGAUUUUGCACCUGGAUUGCCGAAAUUUUCCUUCACUUAAGAGAUACAGUGAGUUGAGCUUUAGCACCCGAGCUUGGGAGUUGGCGCUACUUCCAGACUGUUUUAGUCUUCUCUUCUGAAAUAGAAUUUCUAUUACAAACAUUUUUUCAGUUUGUAAACCCUAACAAAAUUCAUGGCAUCGGUUGCCCUUGAAGAACAGCAAGAAAAACUAAGAAGAUUAGUAGAUGAUUGGAGAUUACAAAGCAAUCUAUUGUUAAACAACUUAGCAAAAGAUCCAUAUAGAUCGUCGUCAACAUUUGAUGCAUGUAGUUCAAAAUAUGAUCCAAUUCGUGUAUUUGCUGAGCCAUUGGAGCAUUCUAGUCUUUCAACACUUCUUGAAUCGGAUAAUGUUGCAGUUUCGAAGUUUGUUGCGGUGCUUUCUUAUGAUUGCAGCGAAAUUUCCAGACUCAGUCGAUACGCCAGAAGAAAUAUUUAUAGACAACUUUCUUUGUUUGGUCAUGGAUCAAUUCCCCAAGAAAUGCUAUUGGAGGGAGAGCCACAGAAGGCCUUUGGUCACGCGUUACCAUUGUUCAUGGAGCUAUCAGACAUUACUCGUAGGAUGAGUGCCGUGAUGUGCAAUUUGCUCCAGCAGCUGGAUUUCAUAUACUCUCUGCAAGACAAGAAUGGUACACCAUGCAAAUCUUUUAAGAACAUUACACUUGUAACCGCCUUUACUUCCCUCGGUGAUGGUCUGGCGAUGUUUCUUAUUUUGGAUGAAGUAUUGGCAAACAAUGACCACAUUAAGAACUAUUUAUCUCUUUUCACAAGUAUGUUGAAUAAGGUAAAACUUGAAGUUGACAACCUUGGGAUUGCGGCGGGGGAUCUGGACUGCCUAGAUCAAGUACUUAGUCAUCUAGGAAGACUUUUGGGGUUUGGGCUGUUUAAGCGUUUAUUGCGUGAGGAAUCGUCAUGGAAUGAAAUUCUGCAGAAGGUCAACCAUAACAGAAAAUUCCUUGAUGCAUGUACUUCAUGUAUUCACGAUGGUUUAUUAGCAAUCAUUCCACGGCUCGAUACGUGGAAGGAGUCUCUUUUGGAUCGUAAGGAGAUUCUCCAUUACGUGGCUCUACUUUUAUUUGGUACUUAUGCUACAGCUCAAAUGCCGGAGAAAAGAUUAGGGAAGGUCAUAAAGGAGAUGCUUCAAGUGGUCCCUGUAAUUUAUUGUGAAGGUGGUUUUAGAUUUAUACUCUUGGACUUGUUGAGAAGUCAGUUUAUUCCACCGCUAUCAGCAUGGCCUAUAUUGAGAGAUGCUACAACCGAAUCUGCUACUGUCAAGAAUAAAUAUCUUAUACAUCUAAAUGAGAUGUAUUCUAGGGACUGGCAGCCGAUGAAAAAUGCAUUAGCUUGUUGGGUUGCAUCCUUUCAGUCAACUAUAUAUCAAAUGGUCGAGUUGUCAAAGGUUGAGGCAUGCCUAACACUUCACUUCAAACAGAUUAUUCAGGGAAUACUUCUGGCGAAUAGAAUGCAAAUGAUGGUCACGUCGAUGUUGGAUCUUCAUAUGCUACUUCAGGUUCCUAUCAGGAGAGAAAGAUUGAUGUCUCUCUGCCACAUUGUAGUUUUAAUCAAGGUUGUUGAGAGCACAUUCAGAAAGAAGGAACUAGAUAUCAUCCAAACUCUUCCACAUAUGAUAAAUCUUAUCCAGGAGGAGAUAGAGCAGUUACUCCUACUAGUAAAGGAAAAGCUGCUGUCAGAAAUUUCUAGAGGAAGUCAAGCGGGCAAGAUUAAAAUUUUAAGCUCUUUAACACGUGGUAGAGAUACAGACACAAGGCUGACAGAUGCACUUUCUUUGGUGCUGAUAUCAUUGCGUAUGCUGGAAGGAGGGGGUAGCGGUGAAAGGCUUUGCAUACUUUCUACAGCCCUGGAUGUCCUCCAAAGCAUUGUACUGGGUUAUCUGGACAUUGACUACUCACGAAUCAAGAAGCUCAUAUCCAAGGUUGAACUUGUUGCUAAAUUUCAAAGAAUAUUGGAGGACGUUGCAGAAUGCAGCUUCUUGUACUGGAGAGAGGAAUUAAUAGGAACUUGGUUUUCCAUGGUUUAUAUGGAUGUAAACAAGCUCUCAUGGCUGCAGUACCUUCUUGAUGCAUUUUGUGAUGGAUUGAGGCUUCUCAAACAUGGUCAUGUAGGAAAGUCGGUCAUUCAUUCACUGGAGGAAAAAAUAGAGAGUGCAGUUAAAAAUGAUAUUAUUGCACCUCUUUGUAAAGAUAUCGAGACUGAUCUCCGGCUUCAUGUUCAUUCUACCCACUUAAAGGAAUCUGUGCCUGUAAACCCACGAAAGACUGGCGUACGGAAUCUUUCUUGCUACAUACAGCUGAAGCCUCUGCGGCUACCAAUGAAGUCUAUUCAUAUUAAGUUACAUGUGGAGAGUUACUUGAAUUCUGCCUUCCACAAAUACACAGCCAUGUCACCUAAUGAUUGGAAGAUAUACUUGGAUAUGAGACAACUAGCCGGAUUGAAGUAUGGGCUUGUAUUAAAUGAGAUUCAUCUACCGGAGCAUUCGUUGGAGACUGAUUUUGAUGUGUCUUGUAUUAUGCAAAAUCUUGAAGAGUUUGCUGCUACAUACUCGUAUAACAUGAGUAAUCAGGCUUUCAUAAGGAAGGCUUCCAGCAAUCAUGGUCGAAAGGCCUCUAGUGUUUUUGGAACGGACAAUGUUGUCUCUUCAAUAACUACCCAUGGUUUUGGAAUGAUCUCUGCAGCAUUAAACUCUGUGCGCAAUUAUGUAACUCAGAAGAUUAUAGCUCUGCCGGAGUUCCUUCAAGAAAAUUUUGUCAAUUCUAUUUCACGGAAGGGUAUCAACGUCUUGAAGAUCAGCAAAAAAACUACAAUUGGUUAUCCUUCAGUACAAGGGGAUAGGUACGAUGUGGCUAUGAAGCUGCCAUUUGGGGAUGAUGAGUUACGGCUUUUGGAACAGAUACGCUGUACCAUCACCUAUAUUGGUAAUGUGUUAGGGUUGGUGCGGGUCCUGCAAGCAGGGUGUUUGCGUUAUGCCUACAGUGAAUCUCGGUUUUUAUGCAAACCGGCAAGUAUUACAAGUUACAACGAAGAAUUUCAAAAGCUUGGCUCAAUAGAUGGAAUGGUCACAGCCGCCAAAAUAAUGGACACAGCAGUAGAAAUUACACAUCAAGCUGAAGCGCAUGUGAAUUUUUUUUCUUCUCUUCUUACUACAGUUUCAAAGGGACUUCAGAGCAGUGAGAAAAUGCCUCUCAAGGAUUUCUAUCUUAUAAUUCCACCCCUUAUAAUCUACUCAUUAGAUUUCAAAAUCAAUAGCAAGGAUAAAAUAAUGAGGAGGGGCCUUGAUAUAGUAAACCAAAUAAUUAUGGAUGAUGGGUUCAUGAUGGGUGUUGCAUUUGUUCUCAAGGUCACAGAACAAGAAAAGGCACUAGAUGGGCUUCACUGGUUUGCCAACAUGAGUGAGCACUUAGAUCAGCAGUUGCUGUCUCUGGAGGGAAGUAAAGAUACAGAGCAACAUACGGGCAACAGUGGUCUUACCCAAUUAAAGAUAUGGGGCAAAACAGGUUCACCAAUUUCAACAGAAACAAAAAAGGUCAUUGAUAAAAUCAAGAAUUACCAAAAUGAGUUGGAGCUUGUUCACUGUAGUCUUGAUAUCGCGCAGACAAUCAUCAUUUGUAACUAGGGGAAUACUUUAAGCUGAUGUAGUUAUUGUUGUUUAAUUGUAUCCCUUUCUUUUAGUUGUAAAAACAUUUUCAUGCCAAAAGUGCUUCCUCACUUAACUAUACAUAUACCCUUUCUCAUACUGAAAGGUUAAAGCUUAGCUGAAAAUUCCAUUAUUGGAACAACAAUAGUCAUUCCAGCUUAUUUUCAAAUCUCACA